UUUUACCUCUUGCAGAGGAAGACAGAAAGCUGCAGCAUCCUCCACUCUGCAUCACCAGAAAGCAGCAGAAACAGAAUCAAUAAAAACAGGCGCAGACUUAAGGCAUACUACACAUUUUAUUUCAAGAUAUAAAUAUAGAUAUAGAUAUAUAGAUUGGGUAUUUAAAGCAGAAUCUGAUUGUUUGUCAGACAUUUAUUUCAAGUGCUUUUUCUCCCCUCCUCCUUCUGGGUCUGUGUUCCUGCAGCAGCACGAUGAGCCCCAGCCUGCAGCUCCCUGUGGACUAGCACCAGAUCGCGCCCUGCCUUUAGCUUUCCUUCAACACUUCCUGUUCACCGCCUCACGGCCACCACCAGCAACAGCAUGGAGUCCAAGCAGCCAAUCAGCGAGCAUCAUGAAGGGACGAGCAACCCCCACGCCGUGACCUCUCAACCGCCCCCGGCAGCAGAUGCAUCAGCAGCCAAUCAAACGGACCAUAUGGCUCACCUGUCCGUCAUCGACAACGCAGAGACCAAUAACGGCCUGGAACAUGCAAUGGGGGACGCGUCUCCCACGGUGUCCUCAAUGUCGCCCAAGCACCACGCGGCGGGCGGCCAUGCUAACGGCCGGCCCGGUCUGAGCAGCCGUUCGGGGUCCAUGGCGGGCUCCCCCCGGCCCUCCCUCACCCGCCGGCCCAGCGGCAUCACGGAGGCUGCUGUGGACGGGUCCAAGCCCCGCGACUACCUGUUCCUCGCCAUCCUGUCCUGCUUCUGCCCGCUGUGGCCCAUCAACAUCGUAGCCCUCACCUUCUCUGUCAUGUCCCGAAACAGUCUGCAGCAGGGCAACGUGGACGGAGCUCGCCGUUUAGGCCGCAACGCCAUGAUUCUGUCUGUGGUCGCCAUCUUGGGAGGGAUCGCCAUCAUCGCUGCGGCCAUCGCCCUCAACUGGGGAUUAAUUUUAAAAUCCUGAUAAAAAAAUAAUAAUAAUGGCGACACACCGACUACACGACAACAUCCGACCGACACGACUCCGUUUCCCCUCCCCGAACUUCCUGAAUCGUUUCUCCAGCGCCUGCACCAGAUGAAAAACUAAACCUGUUCCCUGCUAUUGUUUUCUUGCUGCACGACGACGACGAGCAUGGACACUCCCCAGACACCCACGCCUCCAUUUGGAUUAGGAGAAAAGUGUGGGUCACCUGAUGUUCAUCUCACCCUGUGGUCCACAAGGACAUCUGGGAUAUAUGAGCCUCCAUGCAACAAGUCCAGCGAUGGUGCAAACCUUCUGAUUCUUUUAUGCCAAAUAUUUGAAGACUUGGUGUUCUUGGUGUUCUUGGUGUUCUUGGUGAACUGAAAGAGGGAAUGCUGCUGCUGAUGGUCCGGCAUGAACAUGAAGACCAACUUUAAGAGUAUUUAUAGAGAGAGAGAGACUCGUGUUUCAUCAUCCAGAUCUUCCUGCUGCUGUUCAUGGUGCACAAACAUAAAGUCGACACACUCAUAGAGAGUCCUGACGUCACAACUUAGCAGCUGUUUACUAAAACAACGUUCACGUUUUCUUCUCUUUGUGUAUUCCAAUAUAAAGGAAACUGCUAUCUAACACAGUUAUAGGCCUGUUGAAAUAUAAACCAUUAGUUGUUUCAACAAAGUGAAAGGAUAAAGAGGGAGUUAUCCCCGGCGUCAUGCAGAGACCCAAACACAAAUCCUUAAAAACACAAAUAUAUAAUAAAGUAUGAGUAAAGUGUAUGAGAAAAAAAACUGCAUAUGAUAUUUUGCGAAAAGCGUUUUCUCCAAAAAAUAUCCAGGAAAUGAUUUUAAUUGAAAGUCGCUUCAUCCACAUCAGUCUUGAUCAGAAACAAAUUGGUUAGUUUUAGGUGAAGGGUCUAAAAUAACAGAAGUUUUGAUAACAAAUAAAUGAACCUUGACUUCUGGUUUACAGGGGACAAAAAGGACUGCAUUAUUCAUACACACAGACAGUGUGGGGGAAGGCAUUUUGGGUUUGUAGAUUAUUUUCUAUUUGACGUUUUACAUAUUUUUAUUGGUGUUUUCUGCUUUCUUGUUGACGUUUUGCGGCUCUUUGUUAGCGUUUUAUGUUUCUUCUUUGGCUUUUUGCGUAUAUUUGUUGAGGUCUUGAGUCACUUUGUGGCCAUUUUGCGUCUCUUUAUUGGCGUUUUACACCUUUUUGUUGGCGUUCACAUCUCUUUGUUGCAUUUGCAUCCCUUAUUAUUUAGCAUACAAGAGUAUGCUAAUUCCAAAAAGUUAUUCUUCAUUUUACGUGCAUUCUCCUACAAAUGUCCAGUAAAACAAACCGCUUGUUACAUACAUUUGGUACUCAAAGUAAAAGGUUGUUUUCACAAAAAAGCGAAUGUUUAGGUCGAGGAAAAGAUUGUGAUUUGGGUGAAAAUAACUAAUGGAAGUGGUGUUACAUGACUAUGGAAGUUACGUUUACAAUUAAAUCAACUUUGACUUCUCGUCCACCCGACCUCCGUACCAGGAGGACUUUGUCACUAUUGGAAAUGAAUUUUCUGGGAAACUAACCAAUUACAGUGCAUUACUUUUGGUAUGUAUAGAUACAAACAGCAACGCUGGGCCAUACACAGCUGUUGUUUCUGUUUCUUUCAAUGUUUGUGUGCUAAUUGUGAACUGGGUGCGGGCUUUGAGGAAAUAGGCUGUUGUUAUGGAUCUAAAUCAUCUCUUAUAACAUGUGCAUGUUUACAGUAUGUAUAACAGAAUGCUUUUACAUAAUACCGUAGCCUCAUUUAGCAAGAGCGCUAACUGAGCAGCACUUUGUAAAUACAUAAUACGGGAAUUGUGUUAUGUCUACCUGGUGUAGAGAGGUGCAGGAAUUACUUAUUUGAGUAGUACAAACCUUGAAUUGAGCAUUUCCCUGGUUCCUUCCACAAAGAGCUAAUUGGAUCUUUUCAUUGGAUUGUGGAAUAUUCCAGAAACAAAUAUCUGUGGAAAACCUACAUUUAGGAUACCGACACAUUUUUUUCCAAAGGAUAAUCUCCACAUAUUAAUAGAAAUUCAAUCUCCAGAAGAAAAUGUUAUGAACAAACUACAGCACGGUCACUUGACAUCACCAGCGCCAAGCUAAAGGUGGCUAAUCUUCGGCUGGAUGAGAUGUACUAGUCUCAUUCAGCCACCUGUUAGCAACCGCGGUUUCAAAGACACAAAGAAUCUUCAGAAAUUGACGAGUAGGUUAUAUUAUGACGCAUUUAAAGUUGUAAGACGAAACGGUAAAAUCUCUUUCGCAUUUUUGAACCACAAACCUUAUUUCAGGGUUCUGACCAAAUGCACUUCCAGAGAAGGGAUCAGGAAGUGCUAGAAUGCUAACUCAUUUCAGGGUUUGAGGACUCAUUCCUGCAGCACGCUAUUGAUAUCCAAAUGUUUUCUCUUCCUUACGGAUGUAAAUCCCCACCAAGAUUGCACAAGAGGGAUUUUUUAAAAAGAAGGAAGCAGAUAAAUGUUGAACUUUGCACCAAUCAGACGGCGUCUCUGCGUAGAGGUGAGGUCUGAUGAGGUCAGAUUGGGGGAGGAAGGUAAAGUUGCCUCACACCUUCACACUGUAUGUAGCAUGUUUACUAACCACAUUAUGCAAAACAACGGUCCCGGCUUGAUUGUCAGUACGAAUGCUAGCUUCCCUCAGUUUAUUGUGUACUUGUACACGGUUGUGUAUGGACUUUGCUUGCGCUACCUCUCAGAGUUGCCUACAGUGUUUUAUCACGUUGUUCCACUGAUUUUAACCGACUGUUAAAUCUAUUUGUGUUCCUUUUUUCACUUACUAACAUACUAAUAAUGGUAUUAACAUGAAGGGUGUUAAAUGUGAACACACUCCCAGAAAUCUGUAAUUCAACUGGUACAAUUUCUGUGAGUGAAAAAUAUAUGUAUAUAAUAAUACAUAUAUUAUAUAAUAAUAUAUCUAAUUUUACACAUGAAAUGAACAGUUCUGAGGAAGAUUUUCAGCAUGUAUCAUUUGUUUUGUUCCUUAUUGGCCAUUUUCCAAAAAGGAUGCACAUUCAAUUACCAAAUGACAUACAAAUAAUAAUCAUAUCUACUUUUUAAAGUAUUAACCCUUAGAUGCAUAAGUGGGUCUUUUUGGACCCGGUGAGGUGGUUUUCUUGAAGUAUCUUUGUAAUUGCAUUUUUUUUUAUCAUUUCAUAUUCCAGCUAUUCCUCAAAAAACAUGUUUUGGAUAUCAUGCCAUUCAAAUUUUGUAUUCACAUUUGAAGAAAUUGUAGUUUUUGUAUUACUACCCCAAGCUUCCAUAAGUGGGUCAAAAAUGACCCGCAUGUAUUUCCUAUGGAAUCCUAUGGGGAAACGUUUUUUUUCAAAAUGUAAAAAAAAUGUCUAAAAUUAUAAAUAGUGAAAGAUUAAAUAUAAAAUAUUUCUAGUGUGAACCAACAUAUAAUACUAGAUAUUAUACAAGUGAUUUUUCUUAACCAAAAUGACAAAAAUGGCAUAAAAACACAUAUUAUUCUAAUACGGGUCCUUUUUGACCCACUUAUGGAAGAGUGUAGGGUCCAGUCACUCGUGCAUCUAAGGGUUAAUAUAGAAUCUAAUUUACAGACUUUUUAGCAAAUACUAAAAUCUAUCAAAUUAGCCACUUGGAUUAUUGUUCAUAUUUUGCACCUUUCCUGAGAUGUUUAUGCUCAUGAUUAGCUGCAUUCAUUCAACAGCAAUAAUGAUGAAUUCAGGAGUACAAUUCAAUCAUUGAUGUACUUGUAAGUGUCAAUUUGUAAAAUGUCACUUUGUUUGAGGCAAUGUUGUGUUAUUUCAAGCUCAUCAUUUACUGUAUUAAUUCAAGAGCUUGAUUUAUAAUGAAUGUGAUUACAUUUAUUCAUUUACUUAGCAUUUCCAAGAAAGGCUAAAAAAAAUGAAAAGAAUGAGGAGUUGCAGAUAAGUUGCAUUAAAUAGAUAUACAACAGUCCAGUCAAAAUACGAGAGGUCAUAGCUUUUGAUUUGAUUUUGAAAAUCUUCCGCAGAACAUCUCAACAUCACUUUCUUCUUGUGUUAUUUCUUUAGUCUCCUGUCUAUCAUUUUCAUUUAUUUUGUAAAUGCUCUUUUGACACCUGAUUCCCUGAUCUUUGUAUUUUUAUAUUUCUAUUCACAUUAUCUGGAUCUCUUUUUUGUAUUUACAUGAUAAUCUACUGUUUGUAACGCUCUGUAUAACCUGCUUCCUGCUUGCUAAAAAAACUCAAACUGGGGGGGUGCUAUAAGCAUGAGUCCUUAUCUAAUUAUUGAUUGCUAUCUCCUGACACCGGACUCUUUCUGUACCUGUGCAUGCCUUAAACUGACAGAAUGAGUGUACACAAAUACAUUUAUCAAAGUUGAUCUACUGCUGUUGAUUAUUUGAUCAUGUUUGCAGGGAAUAAAUCCCAUGAAAUACCUA